CAGCGACACAAUAUUCCCCGGCCGAGUUUGCUGAUCGUAGCCAUAUGAUACUCCCGUCAUGGCAGACCUCCCCUCGUACGAAGAAGCCACUGCAGAGACGGACUGGCUGGGCCUUGCCGCCUCAUAUCUGCCAACUCCAAGCCUGCCUGCGUGCUGCCUCGUCAAUCGUCGCUUCUACAGCCUCUUUGCCCCGCGGCUCUGGCAAGACCCCCUCUCCGCCAUCCGUCAGCUCGGGCUCGACCCUAACGAUGAUCUCGCCUGGUAUCGUCGCUUCAUUCACAAACAUGUGCCCAGGACUAGGCCAGAGACGCGCAGUCUCGUGCGCUCCUUGGACUUCCGCUUCUUUGCCCUUCGUGCUUCUGGCCUCUACUCAACCGAGGCCAGUGAGCGGGCCAUCUCAGAGAGCUUCAGGCAACUGCCACAGCUGUUCCCAAAUCUCGUCUGCCUCCUGAUCGAUGGCCACCCGGAGCUCGAUCCGGCCCACUUGGCCUUGCAACAAGCUCACAACGACACCGUCUAUCCCCUGCAGCUGCUCGACCUCGCCCACUGCCCUCAAGAACUCAGCCAGAAGUUCUUCCGGUCAGACUACUUGUCAAGCCUCGUCUACCUCGACGUUUCUCAUGUGCCCGGCUCAAUGCGCUCUGCCCUGCUAUCUUCUCUGAACCCGCGGUGCUUGCCCCAGCUACAAGUGCUCAAGGCUCGUGGCCGCGAAAUGGACGACGACACUGCCCGCCUUCUCUUCCAGACCUUUUCGCGGCAACUGUGGAGCCUCGACAUCAGCCAGAACAAGCUGACUGACGCCAUCAUUAACGAUCUCGCGGCUCACUGUUUUCCUGCCAUGUCCAUCCGCUCAGGAGCACACUUUGAGAAGGAGGGCAAGCUCACACGACCCAAGGACGUCGGAACGCUCAGCCAUGGCCCAUUCGAUUUCAUCGAGGAGUCUGACUUUAGCAUGUCGAACAAGCACCCUGAGCAUUAUCUUGCAGACGCUCCCAUGUAUUCGAGGCACCACCAAGACGAGCUGCAGGAGUGGCAGGCGGUCCGAUCAAAUGGCUUGGACGCCUGUCGAGGUGACGAUGCGCAGUCACUAAAGGACGUCAUCCUACGUGGAGCUCUGGCUGCUACCACUGGCGAUCCCCGCCCCAGCAAAUCGGCGGCACGGGAGUCGCUCCCACAGGGCGGGCUGACGCACUUGUACCUGAAUGGGAACCGUUUCACAGUGUCUGGAAUUGAGAGGCUCAUGCGGAUUUCUCCCGGCACUAUCGAGCACUUUGAGUGCGACUACCCUCUGUGCCUGAGGAACCGUCCAGACGAAGAUGACCGUAACAAGGCCAGGACCAUGCGCGGAUAUGGUUAUACGAACUCGUUUCACCUUUUUCGACCGGUGUUCUCCUCCAACCUCCGCUCUCUUCGGGUUCAUCACUCCUUUGUAACUCGCGUGCCGACGCUUUCCGUAGAAGGCGCGUCCAUGGCAUCCUCUCUCCGCCUCGCAGAGGCAAAGAUUUACGGAACCGUGCAGCGAGCAUACCCUAGAUCUUUCGUGCCAGACACGAAUCCACGGCUCCGGAAACUUAUCUUGACAAAUAUCCCAGCGCGAUCUAGCGGGCCCAUCAUCGAUCAGAUAAUCCGGUUUCUGAGGCUGCUAGCGCAGCAGCAGAGACAAGUCAGAGGCGCCCAGGCUAGCUUACGUGGGAGAGGACCCUCAUCUCUCUCAGGCCUACAAGUUCUCGGCCUUGAGGUCGAGCCAGACUUCUCAGAAGACUACUCCUAUACAGCAUCCAGAAAUGAUGUCGACUUUGACGCGUUGCUUGAUCCCACAUCCGACGAUGUGGCAGAUGACAGCUACUGGGAUAUCACAUCGAGAGGGAAUGCUAGCAAGAACACGAGGAAGGAGCAAGUGCAAGCUCAAGCGUCGGCGUCUUUCACAAGAAACUCUUCAACACCAUCGUCCUUUGGCAGCUGGGCCACUGGUCGGCUCAAGUCAUAUCCGUACUCGGAGAAUCACGACGAAUACGUCACUUGGCAGCCAGAACUCUCAGACUCAUGGACUGGGAACAUCUUCUCGGUUUCUAUCUGGAUCGGCAGCGGAGAGCUAGGAACUUACUCUGCCAUCAACGAGUACAUGUGGAAUGUACAAGACGCCCGUCUCCGCACUAGGAUUGGACCCGUCACACCGAACCACGUCGCCGCUGGCGUGCCCCCCGGAUCGUACAUCUUCCUCGAUGCGUGGGACGUGAUGACCGUGCCCCGCAACAUUGAGACGGCCCUCAAGUCUGCGGCCGCGAUAGCGGCGCCGCUCAAGGAUGUGGUAGCUGCCAUCAAGCAGUUCCGGUUAGGUGCCAGGGGGACGGCAGAGCAGUGGGAUGGGCGGAUCGAACUAGUAAGGGCAAACAUCGCCACGCAUUAUGAGUCUUCUGAAUACUGGCGAUAGACAUGCUUUCCACAGCCACUUCCGGUAUGAGGUUUUUAGUUUCCACAUAAGUAUUCUGCCUUGUGAUCAUCCCCCUUAAGCUAUAUACCCACAGUUCUACACUAUAUACUCAUUUGAUCUCGGAUCUCGCGGUUGUCACGAGCAGCACGUCAGAAGUCCUGCUCUCUCCACAGUGUCUGCGUCUUGCUCCUAGCCAUCUCCCCGCAAGUGAUAAGUCUA